AUGGCGGUACCCGGUCCCACGCUCCGCCGCCUCAUGAAAGAAGCCCAAGAGCUCUCCGAGUCCUCCUCCUCCCCAUCACCAUACUUCCACGCGCACCCCAUCUCCGACUCCAACCUCCUCGACUGGCACUUCACCCUCGCCGGACCCCCCUCGCCCUCCCCCUACGCCAACGGCAUCUACCAUGGCCGCAUCAUCCUCUCCCCGCAGUACCCGCUCCGCCCGCCGUCGUUCCGAUUUCUCACCCCCUCCGGCCGCUUCGAAGUUAACCGCGAGAUAUGUCUGAGUAUUAGCGGACACCAUGACGAGACGUGGCAGCCCGCGUGGGGGAUUCGCACAGCGCUGACGGCGAUACGCAGCUUUAUGGAUGGGGAUGCGAAGGGCCAGAUUGGUGGGAUUGAGGCGAGGGAGGAGGUGAGGAGGGAUUGGGCGAGGAGGAGUCGGGAGUGGAGGUGUGAGGUGUGUCCUGGGAGGAAGACGAACGAGGAGGUUUUGAAGGCGUGGUGGGAGGUGUGCAAGAAGAAGGGCGUGGCGGUGGAGGAGCAGGAGGAUCAGGCGGUGGGGAGCAAUGGGGCGGAGAGGCUGCCGGAUGGGUUGAGGGUGGUUUAUCGCGAUGAGUUGGGGAAGAGUGAGUCUUCGAUGAGCUUGCGAGAGCGUGCGCAGGAGCAUAUGACGCUGGCGGACUCCUCGGGCGAUGCUGGGACUGUGCAGGUCGAAAUAGCAUCUCGUGCUUCGAUAAUACCUGAAACUCAUUCUACUCCUGCUCCGCCUGCGUCUUCUGCGACUACGAGCGUUCGUGAACGCAGGUCAAGGCCUCGAACCCAGGCAUCUACAACUUCUACUACGAACAUCACCGCCACCACUCAAUCCACCGAUGGUCCUUGGCUAGACAGAGCUAUAGUUGCUGUCAUAAUCGCCCUGGCGCUGAUGGUCCUGAAGAAGAUAUUCUACUCCGCUUCAAAUGAAGAGCGAUUCUAG